GGAUUAGUACAGGGAUAUAUACUCCGCCGACAAAUGUGAAGGCAUACAGUCUCACUGUUACUCAGUUAUAACACACUGGGUUUUCUGAGAUAACAAAAUGUUGUUCAAUCCAGCAACGUUUCAGUAUGGAAAUGCCGUUGCCGACCCAGCUAUGGCAAUGACGAUGACACCUCCAUAUGCAACACAGCUUCCUCCUUCGUCCAAGUUCCAGGUCGAGUCAUAUGUACCUUUACGUGAAGCUGACGUCAGGCCUGAACUCUCUCCUAGAGACAUGAGGGAGUCUCUUCAACAGCAUCGAGUUCCAGGCGGCGAUCACAACACCUUGCCUUCACCAUCUUCCUCACUGAGCUCCGAAAACGAUGAGGAAGAGGACCCAAGUCUAGACACUGUCCCAGGAACGUCAACUCUCUCCCAACAAAGCAGGCAGUUUUCCAACAAGAAGCCUCCCUAUUCCUAUGUGGCUCUCAUCACCAUGGCCGUCGAGAGUUCCACAACAGGCAUGAUGACUCUCAACGACAUCUACAACUACAUCGUCAAGAGAUUCCCAUACUACGAAGACAACCAACGGAGAUGGCAAAACUCCAUCAGACACAACCUCUCCCUCAAUGACUGUUUCGUCAAGGUGCCCCGACCCCCAGGGAAACCAGGCAAGGGUAACCUGUGGGCUCUGCAUCCAUCUUGUGGGGACAUGUUCGGCAACGGCAGUUUCCUCCGUCGUUCUAAACGUUUCAAGUCGGCACAAAAGCAACGUCGAGAAGAUCCUUCAUUCCAUCCUGCCAGUCCCUACGGACAGUUAUUGGGGUUGUAUGGAGGUCCAUCUCCUUACACAAGCUUCAACCCCCUGAGUCUCGGCUCCUUACCCCCGGGACUAACCCAGACACACCCAUACAGCACAACAGGCAAGCCUGACCCCUGUAUCUGGACCAUGGGAUCUCCUACAGGCUACUCUCCUACAACUGGCUACUACAACGCCAGCAGCAUGAACAGCUCCCUGACCGGCUCCCCUCUCUCCAGCUCUCCCCCGGGAAGCUCGUCCCUGGCUGGAACCUACAUGCCUCAAUGUUCAUCUUCCAGCUUUGACAGGUCUAGAAAUCCCUAUGACUAUUUGUACCCUAGUGUACAUCAGUCACUCCCCAGUGCUACUAAGUCCAUGCAACCCUCGGGAAACCAGUACACUAACAUUAUGUAAUCAUUCUGGUGUGGUACUGAUGUAUCAUCACUACAAAACCAAAGUGCUGUUGAGUGUGGUCCAACUGUGAAAGGAAGCUCCGUUUAUUACCAUGCAAACUAUUCUUAGUUUCAUUGCACAAUACGGACAUAUAUCAUGACUUACAGGUGGGUGUACACUUGUAACCAUGUUUUGUAUUGUACACUGUAUAUGUUUUCUUGCAUAUUUAUUAUAAAAUGAAUAAAUAUUCAGUGAAUA